AUAAUAAUAAGAGUGAACAAAUCUGUGGUAAUCGUUAAGUGCGCCCGUCUGAUAGCUUUGAGUCAGAACGUUGUUCCACCACCUCUGAAGGUGAGUAUUAACCAAUAUGCUAGUUGAGGCUCAAAUGUAAACAAUUAGAAAAAUGCAUCAUCAUCAUGUACUAGAAACUCAGUUUUGGUGCUUUGAGUCCGGCAUAAACCUAGCUUUAAAUGUGUGAUCUGUAAGGCCGUUCAGGAUCGCUUAGCACUUCGUUAUCGAUACGUAGUAGUCUGGAUUGGCUAAGUUCCCUUGAUUCAUCAAAUUUACCAAAAUUUAAGGACUACCGGUCUUUUAUUUGCUAACACAAGCAAACAUUUCUAGCCCCUAAUCCUUUCCUAGGGAGAAGGGGGGAGAAGGGUCCAUAUCCGAUUUUCUGGAGUGCAAAAGCCUUCCAGUGAUUUGAAAACCUUGACCGGAUGCCGGUCAUUUAGCAGCACCGUAAAAUCUAGCUUCGAGGCAUUUACUUUUUAAAUUGAAGAGGCUUGUUAGCGCAUAUGUUUUACAAUCUACAUAAUAUAUUUGAGAUGGAUCUAUUUCAAAUGCUAGUGGUGUCAGCUUUUUAACUCCGUUUGUUAAAAGGCGAACAAGAUUCCACGCAUAUUUUUGAGCUUGAAGAAUGGGCUACUGUAUGGAAAUAUAAAGUCAACUUGGCAUGGCUAUCUCGUUUUCUUUAGUAAGCUACUCCCUCACGAACGUAAAAAAGGAAGGAGCUUGAAAACAUAUUUUCAUUCCGACAUUUCUUGAUUUUCUCAAAGAAUGAUUUUCAGACAACUUCAAAUGUUUUAAUUUAGUGAGAUCCUAAAUGAGGUCAUGCAUGCAUCCAUUUGCUGCCUUAAUAACUUGUGUGGCGUCGCAUUGCAAAUUCCUACGUUAAGCGACUCGAACUUGUUGUUAAAGAGCUUAUUUUUGUGUGAAAUAUAGAUGCUGAAGAAAUGAAACAUUUUGCCGAGAGAUGUCCAUCAUUCAGAGCACAUUAGAGCGCGCUACUUUGCAAUGCAGUAAACUAGCCACAUGCCGGCAGGAUCACUACGGUUAUCUUUUGUUGCUAGCUUGAAAAUUUAAUUUGUAUCCGUAAUGAGAACUUGUGAAAUAAUUAUUUCAAAAAAGGAAUAACUAAGGGAAAAAAUGCAAUACAAUUAUGAUUACAGUGAAGACGUUACGAGAUACAACAUUUUGGCUUUCAAACUUCAAUUUAUUUCAUUCAGCCGCACAAAAUUUUUUUAAAGGACAUCUUAAGUCAAGUGCAGCAACAAAAUGGAGAAUAAAAUAUCGAUAUCAUAGGGCUUGAAUAUGCGUUUGCAUUUUGUUGAGCUCUAGAUGGGCAAUCGAGGUGUUACGCUUUUAAAUUAGAGGUGAAAUCGAGGGCUUGUCUUUCUAAACAAGUCAUGCAUAGCGCUAGACAGAGAAAGUCAUAUUUUCUUUCUCACUUGAAACUGCUCGUAUUUACCGAUAAAACUUCUUGUCGAGGAUAAGAUAACUCUCUUGGAUUGGUGCCUUUAGAACACUUUAUUGUGGCCGACUGCUGAAGAAGACAGAACUGAACUCAGCCACAGUGUCGUUGCCAUCUUAAAAUUUUAAAUGGCCUAAUUUCUUUGUAGGAUUAGUGACCUAGAACGAGUAGAACACGAUGGAUCCAGUGAUACCAGCCGAUCAGUUAGGACCAAAAGUUCUGGAAGAAGUUUUCAAAUCAAUGUCACCCACAAAUCGGGGAAUUGCCAUUGGCAUCGCUAAUGAAACAUCCCAUCAGUGGAAUGCAAUGAAUGCAUACUUCUAUUCCGGUUCCCCCGGCCCAAAUGUCCUACCCGAAUUCGUGAAGAGCCAGGAAGCAAUUCUGUAUACGGCCACGAAACCAACUGGUCUACCAAGAGGAAGUGUGGGGGUGAUUACCUUCUUUAUCCCAGAUGACAACAUGACCGUAGCAGUCAUGUUCAGUGUACCAUUCGACCGCAAUUUGUUUGAAAACUGGUGGGAUGCCAAGGUUUAUCGCAAUAAGACAGAAGCUGACUAUAAUGUGUGGUCUUUCAUGUAUUACAAUCACAAUCCCUUCCGAGGUGAUGACGGCUGGCAUGAGAAACAAAUAAGUGAAGGUUACCGCGUGAAGGGCAUCAUGACAAGCACGGGCCAAUGUAAGCUGCAGUUAAAGAUCUGGAAGCCGGAAUCUCUACAAACUGAAAUAACUGCGUGAAAGUCUGUUAGUUCUUUGUUCUAUUUUUUAUUUGACAGUUUUUGUUUUGUUGCAAAGUUGGCGCUGCAGUAUUUUCGGAUAGAAUAAAAAUUUUGUAAGUUACAAAGCUGUACACUAAAGACGUUUGAAUUCAAAGUCGGAAUUUCUUUGGGUUCAAACUAUCGCGAUGAGUUUCUUAAUUGUGACUGUCUUGUCUGACCUCCAUUAGUAAACGUGCUCAAUUUGUCGAUUCUUUUUGCCUUGUACCCACACUAAAAUUUUUGUCUUGGCCCACGCAGUCAAAGAUUAAUUCGAUUGAUCGGAUGUAUUAACUAAGUUGUUAUUCAUUUUUGAGGUUCUGUUAGAGGUUUUUGGGUUCUGCCGACGAUUGUUCUAUCUUCCCAAGUCAGAUGAUUAGCAUGUCCAUGCAUGCCUAAAAAUAGUGAAUAAAAAAACGUGUUCUUUACAGAGACUUGUAGUGGGAGAAUCAAAGAGAGAGUGAUCGAUCACAAUUUGAGUCAGUCGACCAAGUUACCCAGAGUGAAGUAACUUUUAUGAAAUUAAGAUUUUAUAUGAGAAUCAACAGAGAAGGGACAGGUCGAAAUUAGUUCGCGAGCUGGGCCCGACAACUCGGUGGUAAAAAUGCAAAAAGAAGGAAUGCAUAGGUUGGUCAUUGCUUAAGAAUAUUUUCUGGCUCCUAAGGAGCCAUUAUUGUUCAGUUAUUUCAUUACAACAAGUUCCAAAGAUUUUCUGUGAACAUAACCGUAAAAUAGUGUCAAAAUAGUAAGAUAAUGACUUGAGUAAUUAAUCGCCCCCCCUAAUCGGCAUUAGUCAUGCGUCAGUAAACACGUCUAGGAAUUAGCAUACUGAUCGGGACUUUGUCAUGGUUUCGCUGUG